UUUCGCCUUUACGGUAGAGCGUGGUGGAGGUCAGGGAUACCGCUGUCGGUUUGGAAACAUCCUUGGAAAUAACUUCCCUCCCCACGUUUAUGUUUAUUUUCACGUCAUUUGAAGGACAUUAGGAUACAGUUAUAAUCUGUUCCUGAUAAGACUUUAUUUUUCCAGAUUUGCUGAUAUCACGUCCCCGUUAACUAAAAUUUGACAGGUUGUUAACGCCAACGUUAGCUUGCAAGCCUUGCUAGCUAACUCAUUAUUGAACAUGGAUAACAACCCACCCGGCUCGAAUGGAUUUAAAGGUGGAAUGGGUGGCCUUUUUGGUGGAGGAGCCCCUGAGUAUUCAAAUACAGAGCUCGCCGGAGUGCCAUUGACUGGUAUGAGCCCACUUUCGCCAUAUCUCAAUGUGGACCCACGUUACCUGGUGCAGGAUUCAGAUGAAUUCAUUCUGCCUAUGGGGCAAAGCAAAACUCGCGGCCGUUUCGAACUGGCUUUCUUCACUAUCGGCGGAAGCUGCAUAAUAGGUGGCGGAUUAGGGUUGAUUAAUGGACUCCGUGUGGGUUUUAGAGAAACCAGAGAUAUGAAUUGGUCCAAACCACGAUAUACACAGCUCCUGAACAUAAUGGGAAAACAAGGUGGUUCAUGGUCAACCACACUGGGCUCUGUGGCGUUAAUGUACAGUGUGUUUGGUGUGGCCAUCGAAAAGGCCCGUGGGGCAGAAGACGAUAUCAACACAAUGGCUUCUGGAGCUCUCACAGGCAUGCUGUUCAAAUCCACAAGUGGUCUCAAAGGUGUUGCAAGAGGAGGCCUUGCCGGCUUGACUUUGUCCGGAUUGUACGCGCUGUACAACAACUGGGAUCACCUAAAGGGCGUCACCCCUUCCCGCUACUGACGGUCACGCCUCACCCCAGAGGACACUGGGAUUCUGGAGGAAUUACUGACUGGGGGAGGGGGUGGCCAAACCACAGACUUUUAAUAUUUGACUCAAUCACCGUCAACCCAGCUCAGCCCAGCUCAACCCCAAGUACCCACCACUCUCCUCUCUUCCUGCUCAUUUCACCGCUUGGUGAUGUGGUUCGGUUCGUCCAACGGGACCAGAAGAUCUUCUGUUUAGGUUUUACUCAACAUAUUUAUUAAUCAGGCAGAUAAUGCCACGGAAAGUGAAAUGUGAAACACUGUGGUGUGUUUUUCUUCUUUUUUUUUUCUUCCUUUCAUUGCUACCCUUUCCGGAAGCCAAAGGAGGCGAAUGUACACGCUUAUCGUCGAUCUCUGAAGAUCAUGGUGCACUUUCAUAGUCCCAACAUGUCUCGUGUCAAGUGUACUUUUUAUUAAGUGCAAUCCUCUUCAGUCAGUGUUCUGAUACAGAUCAUUGGUUCCAAGUCCGUAAUGAUGGGUCAUGUCAAAGCUACCAAACUGUCCGUUCUCAAGUGACAGUAGGACUUCAUUUGGUCAGCGGUCUAUGGUGUCGGUUGACUCAACUGUUGGUUUACAUGUGUGACUUGAAGUGCAGACUUGCUUGGAACUCUCCUUGUACAAAUGUGCCCGUUGGGCUAGUCGUGUCCUUGUCGGCCAUCUAAGACUCGAUCCUCAAAUAAAAACAUGAAAAAUCGUCUCUACAUAAA